AUGUUUGGUCCAAUAAUAAUCUUCGAAAUAGAAGCUGAUCUUCGUCUUAAAACAAAACCGUUUGAUAAUAUAACACAUAUCGCUCAGUACGCCGACGAAAAUGAAGUAUUAUUUAUGCCUGGUUCAAUAUUUAAAGUUUUAGAUUUUUAUUAUGAUGAAAAAUACAAAAAGCCGAUAUGUAAAUUACAAUUACGAGAAGACAGUGAUCCGGAAGCAAACGAAAUUACUUGUGUGAUUACUAGAAUGAAAAAUAAUUCCAAUGAUGACGCCUCUACACUCGAUCGUCUAUUAUCACUCGAACGAUUGAUUUCGACAUUACCUAAACAUACAGAAGGUGGAAAAAAUCUUAAAUUUCUUAUGCAUUAUUGUUAUGCAAAGUUAACAGAUUUUAAAAGAAAUCACGUAUCCAACUUUAUAAAUGCAGCCAAUGCAAUAAUAGAAGAAAUAAAAUUAAGCCAUAAAAAGAAUGAAAUUUCACUCAGUAGUGAUGAGACGGUCCAAUUGGAAUCAUAUGUGGAUGCUUACAAGGCGAAUCAAAAUAAGUAUAUAAAUAAAGAAAUUGAAUACAUAUUCGACAGGGUCAUGAACAUGAGAGAUCUAAAACUGGAUGGUUCAGCUAUGACUAGUGGCCCUGGUGAACAGAAAGGUGUCUAUGAACACAAACCAAUGAACUAUAUCAUGGCAGAUGCUUGGUCAAAGGGUGAGAAGGCAAAACAUGAGUCGAUAAAACCUGAAGAAUUUGUCUGGUCAACUAUCGUCUGUGAUGGAUGUGGAAUGUCUCCGAUAGUUGGUCUCAGAUUUCAUUGUGACACAUGUGGUAACUAUGAUUUUUGUGCAGGAUGCUUAGAAAAAGAGCACGAGCACGAAUUAAAACUAAUUGAUGUGGCAGAAGAAGAUGAUGACGAUGAGAAAUGA